GGGAAGUCCAUACAGUCAACCGGUAUUCAAUACAGUCCUCGAGGGCACAGCCCAUCCCAGGAAUCAUGUCCACCAACCCAAACACACCUGCACCACCAGCGUCGAGGACGAAUCCCAUCUCGCUCAGGAUCUACAAAGCCAUCGGCACAUCUUUCGACGAUGUAUCGUCAAGAGAAGCCUUGGAAAUUGCUUCAGGGAUGUAUGGUCCUGAAGACCCAAAAGCGAAGGUCAAAGCGCAGCCAGAAUAUGAAGAACUAGAAGAAGACGAUGACACUCUCCCAAAGAGACGUACAUUAAAAGGUCAAAGUGCUGCUAUAGCGAGGAAGUACCUUAAACAGGACAUCGAAACGUGCCUUGCGACUGGGAGUACCAAGUUUCUCGAAGCUUUCGCAGAGGUUGACCAGAAACUCAAUGUCCUGAGGGAACAUAUGCAAGAAAUGCAAGUGCGGUGCGACCAAGUUCAAUCCGAACUUGAUCAAGCGAAUAGCGGUACAAAGUUUCUCCUCGAACGAGCGGAUGUCCUCAGGUCUCAACGUGACUCUGCCCAACUUCGUGCCCAUCUUAUCACCCUCUUCCUCUCGCGAUUCACUCUGUCCAACUCUGAGCUGACAGCUCUUACAUCCCGUGAGGUAACCAUCGGUCAACCCUUGUUCGACGCUUUGGACCAUGUGGAGAAGAUUAGGACGGAUUGUGAGGUGCUUCUCAGCGGUGAAGAAGGGAAGGCACAGGCAGGCCUUGAUAUAAUGUCGCUCACUUCUGAACAGUUGGAAUCGGGAUAUUCGAAGAUCCAUCGAUAUUGUCAAUUCGAAUUCCGACAGUUUACCCGUGAAGCACAGCUCGAAGCGUCCUCCGUGAUGCGUCAGGCUAUCUGUCGUUUGCGCGAUCGUCCUGCUCUACUUGCUGAUGCAAUCCAAACCCUUACAUCUACCCGUCAAUCAUCCAUCCUCCACCAAUUCCUCGACGCUCUCACUCGAGGAGGUCCCGGUGGUCUCCCCCGACCUAUCGAAAUCCACGCACACGACCCAACGCGAUAUGUCGGUGAUAUGCUUGCUUGGGUCCAUCAGACGACUGCGACGGAACACGAGUUUUUGGAAGGGAUGUUUGGGGUAAAGGAGAAGAAACGGUGGGUGGGUCAGGAGAGAGGUGGGGAAGAGGGGGAAGAGGAGAGGAUGGCUAGUGAGGUGUUGGAUAAGGAUCUUGAAGGGUUGAGUCGGCCUUUGAAGUUGCGUAUCCAAGAAACGAUAAAAUCACAAGAAGGUAUCAUCAUGACGUACAAGAUUGCCAACCUUUUACAUUUCUAUCUUGUGACUAUGCGAAAGACUAUUGGGGGAAAAGCCAUGCUGGUUCAGACAUUACAAGAGAUCCAUGACCAAGCUUAUAUCGCCUUCUACGAAACUCUCGACGCUCAAGGUCGAGGUCUUCUCCGUUUUCUCCACCCCCCAGAUGCGACACUCACUCCACCCAUCACACUGCGCGACGCCGCUCAAAUCCUCCGCGAACUCUUAUUUGUCUACUCUACUUCCCUCAUCGACCCUGCUGAACGCGAAUCAGAUGCGGAUCUGGCAAAGUUAUUGGAUAAAGCAGUUGGACCUUGUGUGGAGAUGUGUGAGAGGAUGGCAGAGAUGAGAAGGGGAAAAAGCGGUGGUGGGGAGUGGGAGAGGGAUAUCUUUAUGGUUAACAGUUUGGGUUACCUAGAGCAUACAUUGGAGAUGUAUGACUUUACCACAAAGACGUUGCAUAUGUUGGAUGAGAAGAUCAAGACUCAUGUGGAGAGUAUGACUUUUGAACAUCAUGGUAAACUUCUGGAGUCUUGUGGCCUUGCCGCCGUCAUGCGUACCAUCCGUACUCGUCCAGAAGAUACCCCUCUAUCCCGUCUUCACGCCACAUCCCCCAAAUCACUCACGUCCGCCCUCUCCAAGUUCUCUACCUGGAUAUCCACCGUCGACCCUUCCACCUCCCCUCGCCUCGCGCUCUUGACUUCUCCACGACUUGCAGUAGAGAUUCAUCGGAAAGCUUUACGUAAGAUAUAUGAUGCUUAUGGAGAAAUUUGUGAGAGGGUGCUGGAUAAAGCGGAGGGGUAUGAGUUUGGGGAGACGAUGUUGAGGAGAGGGAGGGACGAAGUUGGGGUUGCACUCGGGGUGGGGGAAGACUGGGAACUGGAAGAGGACACGGAGGAGAAAAGCAUGAAACAGAAAGAACAGCAGGAUGAGGAUACGGAAGAUCAAGGGGAGAAGGGCAUCAUGCAAGAAGAACAUAAGGCACAGGACGCUGGGAACACAGAAGACAAGGCAUAGAGAAGGAGAUAUACGCCGCAUGUAGAAUUCCCUGCUAUCAUGAACUCUUUUGCAGUCGGGACCGCGC